GAAUUGUGCACGAGAGACGUGUCAUGGUUUACACGACGAACGGUCGCCAUGCAAUAUCAUCGGAGAGUCGACGGCGGGCAUCAGACGAGUCUGUUUACCGCAUAGAAAAUAAUAUUUUAUUGUAAUCGUUUUGUUACAUAACAUUUCAUUGAAGCAAUUAUUAUUAAUUUAUAAUAUUAACUGUAAUUAUAUAUUAUAGUAAAAAUUAUUUGUUUUAUCUCGAACGUUCGAAACAACAUUAUAACGUUAAAUUAUAUUUUGUUAUUCUAAAUCGUUUUGAAAUAACUCCGCAUCAUAUAUAAAAUUAUAGUGACUAUUUAUAUAUAUUACAUUGUUCCCAUAUUGUUAUUUGAUACUACGAUAAUGCAGUGAUAACGGCCGCCGCCGACUCACGAUUGGUGCGUGAGUAAUAUUAUGGUAAUAACCGACGAUCGAUAGGACGAUAAAAUUUCACACCAAUAAUAAUUUUAUAUUUCUAUAUGUACCAUUCGGUGUUCCGAUUGUUUAAAAUAAGUUCAUUAUCGUUUUUUAUUUUUAUUUUUUUAACCAUGACCUGACCGAGACCAAAACACGAAUUUUUUUGUAUUUGUAACGUGUGAUAUAAACACACCAAAUAGUGUAAAUGAUAAUUGCAUCGUUGGAAACUACAUAUUUUAUUAUAAUAGCGCGAAUCUUUUUUCCUGUCAAGACGAUAUUAUACUCGUAUUCUGAGAUUACGUAGAAAAAAAAAUCAUAUUUUAAGGUAAGAUUUAUUCGUUUUACUAUUACAUAUUAACUACAUUAGAGUAAUCAUCGAGUUUAAUCAAGGGCUCGAUAUCAAUUACACACCCACCCCUUGGCCUUUUUUUACAUAAAUAUAAGCUAUUUUUACAGUGUUAAAUUAAUAAAUUAUUUAUAUCUUUAGGUGUCAGAUGCCUGUAGAAAAAGUAAAAGAAAUUACUAAUGUAAAACGAUUGGCAAAGUUUUAUUUGACACUUAUUGAAAAAUACAAUUUUACAGUUAAUUAUUACAUAAAUUAUUUAAACCACCAAAUAAUUAAUUUACAUACCCUUAGCCCCAGUGGCGUAUUUACGGUAAGGGGGGGAGGUGCUGGAGAUUUCUACCCCUCCCACGGAUUUGUUUUGUUUAACAUUUUACGACGUCUAUAAAAAUCAAAUAUAAGUUUUCUGUCUAAGUUUAAAGUUUCUACGAAUAUUUUAAACUAAAUUACAAUAAAAAAACAAAAUUAAAAAUAAUAAAAGCGUUAUUUUCGUGAAUUUUCCAGUUUUUCUGGCGUUUUUCAAUUAUUACGAAAACCGCUGGAAAAAUCAAAAUAUAACAUGUCUAAAGUACGAAGAAGAUGAAAUUGUUUUUAAGAAAAUUUGCUACACUCAAUACACUGGAGCAUAAUUUCUGGUAGAAAAGUUGCUCACAGAUAACAAACAAAAACAAAUGAAUAAACAUCACUGUAAAACCAAUACAUUUCUCGCUACGCUCCGAAUCUAAAAUAAAUAUAUAUAUUUAUAUAUAAAUAUGUAGACUAUUUCCUAUAAUAAUAUUUUAUACGGAAUUACAACAAAAUAUUUGUAUAUAAUUAUUCUACAUUCUUAUAGGUAUUAUAUAAUAUACUUAGUGACUAUAUCGAAUAGUUUGUAUUUUGUACAUAGGUCUUAAAAUAAUAAAAGUAAUAGGUCUGAACCAGUUUUCAUCUACUUAUAAUAAUAUAUACGGUAUCACACGUCCGAAAAGUGUUUUUUCAUUGAUAUACGAUACUAUAGUGGUAAUAUAGUAUUGUUAUUAUUAUAUUAAUGAUGUCGUGAUAAUAAUAAUUUUAGUAAGUAUACAAUAUGCUACAAUGACAAACCAGUAUUAAAAAAUGACGCGUGUCUGAAACUAAUUAAUAUAAUAAUAACAAUAAUAAUCAUCAUCUCUGUACUUUUUUAGACAUAGGUCAUAAUAACGGGACGUACAACACUCAUGUUGGACGUUAACGGGACACUGUUCACUAUAAUGUAUUAUUCGAUUAUUAUGAACGUACUAUACUAACACACACAAUAAUAAAGUAAUGACAGCCGAUAAUUAUUUUAGUGUUAUAAUGCUCAUUUUGAAGGCGCGAUGUUCACACGUUCGCAGUUUAAGAGAGGAGGCCAUAAAUUAGUUAAGGAGAUUGGUAACGGUUUUCCAAUUUUAUCUAAUUUUGUAAAGCUCUAAACAUUUAUUUUACAUUUUGACGACCAUCAUAUUGAUAAAAUUUCUCCACUUUUCUGAAACCCAUUUAAGGAUUACGGCCACUUUUACGAACGGAUAUAAUGUUUUAGACCGAAAAACCAGAAAAAAAACUGUAGCAAUUGCAUUUAACGGAUUUAGAUUUUGAAAACGUAUUAUGAUUAGAUUAGGUUCUUAACUAUAAUACAUAGGAAUUAAUUUUUUCACAAAUAAAAGGCAAAAUAGAAGUAAAUUUUGAAAUAUUUUUAAAAAUACAAUCAAUUUUUUUACGAUUUUCAAUAAAAAAAAUGUAAUUUAUAUGUCCAAUAUUUUCAAAUUUAUAACCUGUUAAACGUAAUUCCCACAGUUUGUCUGACUUUUAAGUUUAAAUCGACUAAAAAUGCACCGUCACCAAUCUCCUUGAGUUAUAAUUUAAUUUUGUUCAAUUAAUUUUAAUUUGACUAGUUUUAAAAAAAUUAAUAGAAUAAUGUUAAGUAUAGAAAAUAAAUAAGUUAAUUCUUUUGUAGUAAAUAAUUUCAACUAAUUUUUAGAUUCUGAGGGUAGUGAAGAAUGUAUUAGUUUUACUAAGAUAUUCAUUUUUUUUUUCAUUUUUUUUAUACUAUGUACAAAAUUUUUAACUAAUAACAAAAAAAUAAUGCUUUUAUUAUUUUUAAAUUUUGUUAUUUGUUCUAAUUCAGCUUAAAAUUCGUAUCGAAUCUAUAGACUUGAAAUUCGGACAGAAAACUCAUAUAUGCUUUUCUAGAUGUAGACAAAUGUUUCAAAAAUUUAAGCUAUUUUUGAGCUAUUUACUUUGUAGGUACUAUGUGGUAAAAAUGUUAGACUAGAACAGAAAUGCUUGAAAGUUUAACAGAAAAUUCAUUAGGAGUCUUAAUUUGCAGUAAAAAAUAAAUAAAAUUGAGUUUAAUGUAGUAUUUUUUUUUUAUAAGGAAAUUUUAAUAUCAAAUUUCGUCAAAAAUCAUUUAAGUAAAAAAUUAUGCGGAACAAAACUAAUUUUUCAAUUUUUUUUUUUUUCGAACAUUGUAUAUGACUGAUUUAAUAAAGAUGGUGAAGUCAGAAUUAAGCAGACUGACUAUGUUUCGAAAUUACAGCUUUUUGAAGUUCUGUUAUUAUGUGGGUAUUAUAUAAUAUGUCAAAUAACUCUAUAUUAUCUAUCUUAAAGUAUAUUUGUCGUAAUCUAAUGGUUGUUUAUGCCUAUUAUCACCCUAGAGGUUCUCCGAGAUCAAACUCUAUGUCGUAAAAUCAUUUUUUGCAUUUUUUUCCUGUUUCACUUAUACUAGGAAAAACUAAUAAAUUUUGGGUGUGUCUAAAAACCCAAGCCAUCGCUCGUUCGGGCUAUUUUAAUUGCAAAAUAUCCCUCGAUUUCUGGUACAAACUUUUAUAUCAGAAAUUUUGCUCGGAUGUAUCAAGUGCUUAUUUUUAAAAAGACAUUUUAUCUCCAUGGUAAUUUAGGGAAGUCAUUUUUUUGUUUUUUAAGCGGUUUUUAUGUUUGGGAAAAACCGGGAUAAAAUGUUGGAAAACAGAAAAUGUACGUAAAGUAAGUAUUAAUAAAACAAUAUUUCACCCUUCUUUUUUCCUCUGAACUUUUCUACCAGCAGAUUUUCUCCGAUUUACAAUGAUUAAACUUUCUCUUAAAGGAAAUCUGAUUGAAAGUACUUUAGGAAGGUCACUUUUCUAUUUUCCUAAAAGUUUUCCUAGCAAAUGUAAAAAUCCCUUGGAAAACCAGGAAAAACCGGAAAAUCGGUAUAAUAUUAAACAAAUAUUAUUAAAGAAAACACGUAAUGCCUAUUCAAUUAUUUCACCAUAUUAUAACAUAAUAUAUAUUGUUGACAAAGCAUCAUUAUCAACUGAACUGCGCUCAGAAUCGUUGUUUUGUUAGUCUAUCUGGUUUAUCGUUGAUUACAGAUAUAUAUUAAAUUACCUAUUACAGUGGCUACAUCCGUCUCUAUUAACCUAGGAUGUAUUUUUUAUUACCUAUUUUCUUUAGAUUUAAGUAAUUUCUACAAAUUUAUUUGCGAAUAUUUUAUAUUAAAACUUUAUGCUUUUUGUUCAACGAAAAUUACGUAUUUUUACAUGAAACGUAAAUAUAAUAUUAUUAUCACAAUAUAAUGGGCAUUUGGCUUAUGGGAUACUAAUACGACUCUUAUAUAAUUAUAUAACUAUAUACGUUUACCACACACAAUAUAUAAAGUACGUUUAUGAAUUAAGUAGGUAGGCAGUAAAAAAAUAACUUUUGACUUAACUAAAGUUAAGUUAUUUUCUUUAAAAUUUGUGACUUGAUUUACUCAAUUUCAAUUAUAUUUUAAAUAUAAAAAUACAUAUCUUUUUAGAAUUACUUAAUUUAAACUACUUUAAAAAAAAAAUCGGUUAACUUGCCCGCCUUAGGACAACUCAAUUUGUUACGUUUAAGUUGAAUUUAUAUAAGAGUUUCAAAUUGCCAAUUUUAAAGAGGAAACCAUUUUUGAAGAUAUUAUCUACGCAUUGCUGUUCUUGUAAAAUAUUUUUUAAAUUGAUAUAGCUUUAUGGUUUAACAAUAUUUUAGAAAAACAGCAACGUAUUAUACUGCAUAGUCCUUGGAAAUAUUCUCUUAUUUGAAUUUUAACUAUCUACACUCAAAUUCUAAUAUUACACCGUCUGCUUUUAAUCGAGACAAUUACUUCGGGGAUUUUUUUUGAAAAUCAUAGAAAAUCUUAAAUUUUUUACGAGUAAUAAUAUGGAAUGUGUUUUCAUUUGAUCAGAUGUUUAGUUUUAAAACCAAAACGUUUUGUUACAAAGAUAAAAGUUAAAGAAUGCUUCUUCUAAUUAUAAUUUUGCCAGCCAUGUUUUAGAAAAUAAUUAUACUUUUUAUACUUUUAACUAAUUAUAUAAUUAGUUAAUUUUGAUAUAAAUAAUGAAUUAGAGAUUUUGAAUACCUGGUCAUUGUUACAUUUAUUCUGUAUUGAAAGAGUCUUAUAUUUGUAAAGUGAGGUCCAGAGAAAAAUGUAAAUUUAAAAAUAUCUCGAAUAUAUAGACCGAUUUAAAAAUAAUAUUGUAUAUCAACAGUUGUUUAGUUAAUAAGGUACCAUAUUUUGUCAUAAAUAUCAUUCAUAAGUGCGUAUACUCAAAAUUAAUUUACCAAUACACCACUAAUAAUACUACAAUAAUAUAUAUAUAUGUAUAUAUUUUGUUUAUAUAUCUGAAUAAUAAUCAGGUACGUAUACAGGGGGGGGGGGGGUAAAAGGUUCAAAUCUCUCCCUGAAAUUUCAUGAAAUUAUGAUGAAAAUAGAUUUUUAAUAAAGUCUCAAAAGUGGAUUUUGACAAUAAGGAUAAAUACAAUUUAGGUUUUAUUUUUAUUUUAUUACUAGAUAAUAAGUACUUAUAUAGGUUCUGUUAUUAUUGUCAUUUCUAAUUUGUUGUGGUUUUCCUGAUUAUAGAAAAUACGGGAAUACCGUAUAAUCCGCAUUAUCAUCACAAUAAUAUGAAUUACGUUAUCAUUUAGGCUGUGUUUACUAAAAAUAUUAAAUGUAAAAUUUAGUAAUAAGUACCUAAAAGCCUUAAAAGCUGUCCUAGGAUAAUGGGGACGUGUGCAGCCACUGUUAUAGGUAAUUUAAUGUAUUAAGCUACGAUUAACCAUUGCUAACGAUAAAACGAUUCUAAGCGUUCGGUUAAUAGCAUUGCUUUGUCAACAAUAUAUAUAUGUAAAAUUAGGGUAAAAUAAUUACAUAUACAUUAUAUAUUUUGUUUAAUAAUAAUUGUUUAAUAUUGUAUCUAUUUUCUCGAUUUUCCUACGUUUUUCCCGGGUUUUCUCAUUUAUCGGAAAAACUUCUGGAAAAUAAAAAAAUGACUUCCUUAAAGUGCAACUCCAGUCAGAUUUCCUACCAGAAAAAAGUGUUAUCAUUGUAAAUCGAAGCAAAAUUGCUAGUAGAAUAGUUAUCCACAUAUAAAACAUCAUUGUAAAACCAAUACAUUCUUUGCUCCACUUAGAAUCUAAAAUGUAUAUUAUAAAAUAUUGACGUUUUUAAUGAAAAUAAAUAAUCCUACAUUUGAAAUUAUAUAAACUUUUUUUUUAUAAUAGUAUGAAACUGUACAACCUUAAAUUCCCCUGAAAUAUUUUUUUGUGAACACACCUGAUAAUAAUCAUUGUUAAUAUUUUUUUGUUUUUUCGUCAACAUCAGCGGGUUAAAACUAUUGCAGGAAUAUACAGAUAAUAAUAUACGUAUUGCAUAAAAUAAUCUUUUUCUCCCAUCUAUUGGUCGAUUCGUUGAAGAUGAUGACGGUAACCGUAAUGACCACAUAAAACGAUGCCUAUAAUAUACCUAUUAUAAAAUCAUACUUUACGUGAUUGUACUUUGAACUAAUAUUAAUAUGGUACAGUGAGUGUAGAAUAAUAAUUCGCACUAUAUUAUUACCAAUACGUAAUACUAGGAUUUUAAAUUAUGAUUGGGAGAAUGUAUUAUUAGAUUAGGUGAAAAAAUUAAGUGCGUGAUGGGUUCUUAUUAUAUUUCAACGCAAAAUUAUACUAUACGCCGGAACAAAUAUUUUAUUAUGAAUAAAAUGUAUAACGCAAUAGUACCUACGAUAUCGCGUAAUCGUUUUCGAUGUAAAAGAAAAACGUGUUUUUUUUUAGUUUAUUUGUAUAAAAUAUAAUAUCGUAUUAGCAUAAAUUCAUUCGGGUCGACCGUGGUUUUACAUUGGCGUUUAUAUAUGAAUGUGUAGUGUUUUCUUUAAAAAUUGCUUGAAAAACCUAAGUAAAUCGGUGCCGUUUACUGGAUAAACCCGUUUAUAGCCGAAUCGUUUCUGUAGAGCCUUUGUCACGAGUUACUGUUUUUUUCUAACUGGUAACGUUAGAACUGCAUUAGGUAGCAUAAACGACGUUUUUACGGAAAAACCGAAAGGCCUUAAAAUUCGGCCGUAGACAUAAAACACCAAUUACCUACACUAAAUGUAAAGACGAAAUUACGACAACGACAAAGAUCGGAUGAAGACAAUCAAUUUACAAUUCUCUAAAUAUAUUCUAUACGGUCAUAUCAAAGGUACAAAACUCAUAUUUUAUGUAUUUAUGUAUUGUAUUUAGAUUCUAUCAUUCUGCUAGUGACCAGCGAAAAUUAGUAUACGCAAAUCGUUACAGAGAUCCGUGUAAAAAAAAAAAAAAAUGUAAUUAUUCAGUCUAUCGAUUCAAAAUCAAUACUAAAUAACUCUUUUAUACAAGUAUAAUAAUAAAAAAAAAUAUCGCUUUUUGUAACUUGUAUAAUAUUUGCAUUUUAAACCGAAGUGAUAGUAUAUCUAUAGGUAUUUUAUGUAUUUACAUUAUUACUCAUACUCGUACCUUAUAGUAGUAAACAAUGUGAAUUUAUUUUUUUUAUUUUUUUUACUCCCAUAGUAUUAUUUUAAUUCACAUAAUAUUCCAUUGGUGUUUUACGUAUAUAUUAUUAUAAUAUAUUGAAUUAGUUUAUAUAGGUACUUGUAUUUUUUUUUUUUUUUUUUGUGUCUUUUAUAACUGAUUUACUCAGAUUUAAUACAGAUUGUAUUCGUUUAUCAUGGGCCAGCGAUUUUCUUAGAUGAUAUUAAUGUAGUGAUUUUAAUUUCUGUUUUGUGUUUUCAAUCAUUGCGAAAUGAAACACUAUUUUCACCUUAAACGAGUAUUUUAUACACUUUUGGUUUUUAAAUAACAACCCCUUUUCUCCCUAGUUUCACACAGAUUCGGAAAACAUGAUAGGUACUCGUAACACUAAUGAUAUACCGUUUAUUAUUUAUAACAGUUAAAAGUUUAGACAGUAGUUGCUCUGUUAGUGGUUGAUAUAUGUGUUUCUGGUGUACAGAAUGAUGAUAGCAUUUUGAAAAUAUAUUGUAAAUAUGAUCGCAUUGGACGAUUUUAUACUGAGUAAAAAAACUGAAUGUAAUUUUAUUUAAAAUUAUUGUAAAUAAUGAUGAAUCAUGACAUAAAAACAAAAUAACCCUGUAUAGGUAACGCGAUUAAAAAUAUUUAGACAAAAAUAAUCGGGUAAUAAUAAUAAUAAUAAUAAUAAUAAUAAUAAUAAUAAUAAUAAUAAUAAUAAUAAUAAUAAUAAUAAUAAUAAUAAUAGUAAUAAUUUAAUGAAUUUGUAAUUCUCUUUCUUACAAAAUUAUAUACCUACUCAUAAUCAACAAACCUAUUAAAAUUAUAAAAGGUGCAAUUAUUUUAAUUAGUAAAAACCGACUAAACAAGAAACUAAAUAGAAAUGGAAAAAACAAGAAUGUGACUCACUUUAUGAACUCAUAUUCUUGAAACUGGUAAAAGUUCAAAUUUCCCUAACUGAUACUUUGUUUAUGCUGAUUUUUAUUAUUUUUUUAUGAAUAUAUUUGUAUUCACACAUUGAGUUCCUAAUGAUUAUGAUAAAAUACAUGAAUUUGAAAAAAAAAAAUGAAAACCGUUUUAUUUUUAUUAUCGAUAUAUCGAAUUCCAUUAACAAAAACUUAUGAUAUUAACACGGAUAAAAAUAAAAUAGGUUUCUUUGUACAAUUAUAAUUGAUUAGUGUAAUAGUUUCCAAAAAUGAACGAAAACAACUACAAUAUAAUAAUAACAUUUUUAUCAUCGCUUAUUAUGUGUUCAAAAAUAAUAAAUAACAAAGACAUUAAAAUUAGGUAUCCAUACAACAUACCAGAUGAUUAUAAAUUAUGCAGCUACGUAGCACGUAAUCGACCGACAAAACAUUAAAUUAAAUUUCUACUAAUCUCAAGUGGCUUAGGUUAAAUAAUAUUCGGCUAUUAUAGUGUUAUUAUAAUGGAUGAAAUUUUUACUUACUACAAUAUUGUAUUGUCUUCAUAAUAAGAAUAUUAUAAUUUUUUUAAAUUUUUUUAAGAAUAGUGUAGCACAGAAACUAUUAUACAGAGUACCUAAUCGAUUGAAUACGUUGAAAUUCUGAAUUUUAGAAUUUUUAAAUGCAGUUAAAGUAAAAAAAAAAAUCAAAAUCAAAUCAAAAAAGACUUCCUAGGAUAAUUUAAUGUAUACCUGUAAGCAAUGAUUCUGAGUUGAUAGAUAUGCUUUAUCAACAAUAUAUAUGCAAUUUUAUAGAAAAAUAAUUAAAUAGGCUCUAUACAUUUCUUUUAAUAAUAAUAAUUGUUUAAUGUUGCACUGAUUUUCCCAGAUUUCCCACGUUUUCCUAAUUUUCCUAUGUUUUAUCCCGGUGUUUCACAUUUGCUAGGAAAACUCUUGAGAACUCUGGGAAAAUCGAAAAAUGACCUCUUUAAAGUACCUCCCUACGCCAAUUUCCUUUCAGAUAAAAAAAAAAUAUAUAUCAUUGUAAAACUAUAAGUUUCUUCGUUUCCACUCAGAAUCUAAAAUGACCUUUUUGAUCUUUUAAAAAUCGAUAAUACUUUGUUAUAUUUCAAUUGGCGCAAUAUUUUUGGUAGAAAACAUUGUGUGUACAAAUUUAAAAUAAUGAAAUCGGUAAUACUGCACACUUCCCCAGCGUGUCUUGAAGAUUUACCGUGUUAUCUAUAAUUUUCUUUCUGGGUUUUUACAAUUAAUUUGAUAACCCUUUAAAAAAUCAAAAAAAUGACCUCCUUAAUACACCAAUUUACCUUCCAGAAAUAAUACUUUACUUGAUAGUUCGGAGCAAGAUUUCUUGUAAAAAAGUUGCUCACUGACAAAAAGAAAGAAAUUAUAGUAAAAACAAUAAAUCCCUCGCGACGCUCAGAAUCUAAAAAAUCAUUAUUAUGUAGUGGCACGACGAACGUCGUUUUCAUAAUGCUCCAUUACUCUACACCUACCCAAAAUGAUAAAUGGAAUAUCUCAUCAACGAGUUGACUGAAAUUAAAAAUGUUAACAGCAAAAUGUAUUACUCUAAAUUCAUAUGAUACUCUAUUUAUGCAAUUUUUAAUUUAGGUUCUAGUUUAAAAAACCAAAGUUUGUAUCGUCACAAGAUUCUCUUUAAAUGUUGUGAAAAAUCUAAGUAUUCGACAAUAUCUGCUUUUACUACACCAAUCAAUUCCAGAAAUCAAAAUAAAAUCAUUAUAUGUAUAGUUUUACUAAGAUACUAUUAUUUUUUCAGAAACCCGUUUUCGUAUAAUAAAUAUGCUUCGAUUUUUAUACGUUGUACCUUCGAAUUUGUGGAAAUUUCGAUCCGUUAAACUUUACUUGAAACAUUUUUAGAAUUUUUCAACAAUUGACCUUCUAAAUCAUUUUUAGAGUAAAAACAUUUUUUAUAGUAAAAUACUUUCGUUUGGUAACAAUUUGUGAUUAAUUCUCUGUAGCAUAGGAUCGUGAAGGAUAAAACCAGUUUAAUCGCUGUGGUGAGCCGAUAAUGAUAUAACUUUUUUCCUACAUAGAUUAUUUAAAUAUUUUUCUACCGGUAUAAAACAGAUAACUAGUCCAAUAUUUUAAACGGAAAAUCGAAUUUUGAUAUUGAAAUUAACUGAUUUAAAAUAUCAGUUUUGAAAAAAAAAAAAAACAAUAUUAGCCUAUGCUAAUUAAUAUACUCACCAUUCACCACUAUAGUAAAGUGAUCUCAAUCGUUUAUUUCAAACUUUAAAUAUGCGGAUUUUUCGCCCAAUGGUAUUCAAUUACAUUUUUGUUAAAUAAUUUAAAAAUAAGAUGAAGCGUAAACAUAAUAUUUAUCAUAUAAAACAACAUUUUUUUCUCUAACCUCAAAGAGGGCAUAUGAUACUACAGUUUAGAAAACCCACAGUAACGCAGUCCCGUGCUUCUACUGAUGGAAAUUCCAUACUGGUGGAUAAUUCUAUAUGUUGUUCUUUCUGUUAGAUGAAAAAAUUCAUUUUAUAGUUAAUAAUUGUCCUAUCUCGGAUGUGCCCGGAGACAACAGGUAAGAGGAGGUAUCAUGGUGCAUGGUGUUUGCAAAUGGUAUACACAGAUUAUUACAUCUAGUAAUUUAUCAUCAGUUAAUUACAACUCCGGGGAACUAUUAGAAACACUCAAAAUAUUAAAUUGCGAAAUACAACACAAGCUAUUCGAGCCAAAGAUUUUCUAAGGUUCGACAAGUUUUGUUUUGUAGACAUACAAUGUGAUCCAUUUAAAUGGAUUCACUCAUUAUCUCAGAAAGUAUUAACUUUUCCCAGAAUUUGUUUUCUAGAAAAUUUAAGAAACAAGCUGCUUUACAGUUUUAUAUUUAUGUUAUUUUUUGUCAUCCUUAUUUUUAGGGGUAAAACUACUAACUACUUUUGAUUUAUUUUCAAAUAGCAACCUACAUUAAAAAUUCCAUAUAUCGAUGGAGUAUUAGUUAAAAUAAAUUAGUGUGUUGAAAUUGUUUAUUUCUGUCAUACCGUUGAUGAGAUAUUCCACUUUUAAGUUUUGAUUGGAGGAGAGUAGUAGUGCAUUAUUAACAUACCGCGCGUCGUACCGCCACACAAAUGAUACUCCACUACUCUUCUCCAACCUUAACUUAAAAGUGGAAUGUCUCGAUUAGGUUAAGACAACGGCUUGAUAGAAAUCAAAAAUGUCCACAUUCAAAAAUAAGGGUGACGAAAAAUAACAUAAAUAUAAAAUUGUGAAGUUGUUUGUUUCUUAAAUGCUCUAAAAAAAAAUUCCGAAUAUAGUACUUUCCGAAAUAAUGAUUGUACCCACUUAAAUGGAUCACCCGUUAUAUAACGAUUCGCCGACGAUAGUAUAGGUACUCAAGGCUAUUUCUCAAAAAGUUUAAUGAUACGAGUACGAUCAAAGUAUAUUAUCUAAUACUUAAUUCCUUUUCAUAAUCUAAUCAAGUUUUGAACUGUUUCUCGUUUAAUUACGAGUUGUAGUCAGUGGUUUGCCCAGGAGUUUUCAAUAUGAGGGGAUGUAACAAAUAAGAAUUAUUAAUAAAUCAUAAAAUCGUUUUUUCAACCAAAUAACUCGACUAUGGGAAUUGGUAAUUUAAAAGCUAGAAUUUAAAAAAAAGUCAGUUUCUAAUCAAUAAAUCGAACUUUUCCUCGUAACUUGGCUAUAAAAUAUGCAUUUUAACAUUAAUUUCGAAAUACAUACACUGCAGAUAAACCUGCAUAAACUGGACUGUUUAUCUUAUAAAUACUACGAAAAAGAAAAUAAUACAAUCAUAAUUUGUAUUAUUAAACACUAAAAAAUUACUAUCGUAACAUUCAUAGUUAUCGCGAUACAAGACUAAUUCAUACAAAGAAAAUAAAAAAUAAUUUACAGAUUAAAAAAUAGCAAAUUCACGAGAACAAUAGUGUAAUAAACGUGCAUUUUUAAAUGCAUGUGUAUUACUAAAUAAUGAUAUAAUAUCCAAUAGACCUGGUACAACUUACAAGGUUAUGCCUAAAGAAAGAAUAUAAUGUUUGAGAAAUAUGUAAAAAUUAUUAUAAAUAUUCUAUUAUUUAUUUUAGAUUCGUAGCAAGGGAUCUAUAGAUUUUAUUACUGCACUUUUUCUGAAAGGAAAUCGGACUGGGGUGAUACUUUAAAUAGGUUAUUUUUUGAUUUUCUUUGGAGUUUUAUUAGAGGAACCGGAAAAAAUCGAAGAAAAACGCGAAAAUACAUAAAAUGUAGCAAUUAGUUGUAAAGUAUUACGGCCGUUUAUUUUUUUUGUAUUUAACUUUUCUACCAGCAAUUUUUCUCAGAUUUACAAUGAUAGCAUUUUUUCUAAAAGGCAAUCUGACUUGGGUGAUACUUUAAAGAAAUAAUUUUUUUAUUUUUACAGGAAUUUCCCUAAUACAUGGAAAAACGGGAAAAUAGGUACAAUAUUAAACAAAUAUUAUUAAAGAAAACACAAAGUUCAAUUAUUUUACACAUUUUUAUUUGUAAUUAUUAAUUAUUUUAAUUAUUUUAAUAUGGCCUAAAUAUUGUUGAAAAAGCAACGCAAUCGACCGAAUUUCGCUCAGAACCGUUUUUUCGUCAGCAAUGGUUAAUCGUAGCGUACAGAUAUACAUUAAAUUUCUCUUCUAUUACCUUCCCAACUUCUCACCUAUAAUAGUAGUUACGCCCAUCACCAUUAUUUUAAGACAGAUUUUUUAAUAUCGUUUUAUGGUAUUAUCUUGUUUGUGUUCGAAAUGUUUUAAAAAUGAUCGUAAGUGUACUGUUUUUUAUUAAAAUAUUGUAUGUACAUUUUACAAUAAUCAUCGUUUGUAUUAGGAUUUUUUUCGCAAUUGUGUUUUAAUAUUUUCCAAUAAUAGUUACUUUAUUUUUUUUCUUUUGUAUAAAAUGUUGUUAUACAUUUUUACGUUUAUUCUGAUUCCAUCUGCACCGGCUAAUGUUUACCAUGUACAGAAUUGUUUAUUAUAUUCUGAGCGCACCUCACGUACAUUAUUCGACUAUGAAAAUUAAAUGUUCAGUAGUUAGGUAUACGUUUAUGUAUGUAUAUAUGUAUAGAAUAAUUAUUUCACGGAGUGUGGUCAAAUUGUUGUCUCUGACGCACGUCAUUCGACCGUAGUCGAUUAUGGUAGCGACAGCGUUGUAUGAUAAUAUCGGAUGGAUGGGAAACAAAAUUGAUCUAUUAAAUGUAUAUAAGUCACGUUCAAUUAUGUUAACAAUAUUUCUAUAUCACACAUAAAGCCCAAUAAGAAAUGUAUGCCGUUGUAUAAUUAGUAUUAUACAACUAUAUACACACGAGAAAUUAAAUUACGAGUAUAGGAAACGACGACGACUUGCUCUUCGAGUAAUCUCCUCUUUGCACGCAUUUUCGAUGACAUUUUUGAUAAAUAGUACCGAAAGGAAACUCUAUUUUGGCGAUUAUUAAGUUCGAAUUAUUUUUAUACAUUCCUAUUAGUGCGCUUCAUUGUUCAUUCGAAUUUUAAAUAACGUCUUCAAUCGCGUUAUCGAAUAAUAAUAUUCAAACUAUUUAUGUCUUCGCGGCACGUACGAGUACGUAUAUUGUACGUAAUAUUGUAAUCACAGAAAUUAUCUACACCCGAAUAACGUAAGUAUGUACAUACGCUAGUUUGAUGAGCUUUGUUUAAAAAUAUUUUGACUCAAUUUUAAAUUCGCUAAUCAACGUUGUUAACUAUAUUGUACUAUUUGUAAUUGGAAACUAUUUCCGUUAAACAAAAUUAUUAUUAUUAUUUGUUUAUACCUGUCACUACGAUCUACUAUUAUAUCUUUAGAACUUUUUGCCGUUAGUCCGCAUCUAGCGUUCAUAAAAUUCUUGCAAAUCAUUACGUAUCAAUUGUUAUUUCUGGAUUAACUGCCAAAUUCCAACAAAUAACUUGGAAUUGUACGAAACAUAUUUUCACGUAAUAUAAUAUUAUUUCUAUCGCGGUCUAACGUAAUAGCAGGUAACAAUAAUUGUAUUAAGUUUUAUUAACAUUGAAGAUUUGCCAGUUCAAGAUUUACUAAUGAUUCAAAAUAACCGUGUAGAAAAAAUGUGUUUCUUAAAAAUCACUCGUUAAAUUCUGAAUAAUGAUUAAUAUAAUUUUAAAACAACUCCUAUUCAGUUUAUAUUAAAUUAAAUUGUAGAAUUCACAGAAACCCGUCUAUAAUAACUAUUAGUAAUAAAUGAAUAAUUCAUAAUACUUCAGUAAAAUUAAAAAACUGCAAAACCGCUAUCGAAAUGAUGCAUAUUCUCCAUUCCAGAGAAAAAAAUUAUAUACUCUAAUCGUUAAUUGGUCUACCUCCAACCAUCUUAUUUCUUGUAUGGCUGCUAUCUUAUGUUGUAGGUGUCUAGAACAUCAGCUAAAUUUUGGCUUGCACCUGUUUUAUACAGACUUGUCACAUUCCUUGUCGCAAUUUUAAAAUCAGCAUUCCGUUUCCAAAAACCAGUCUUAAAACCAUGUAAUCUUGUCCGAGGCUUGGGUGUAUUUGGUUUCAUAACAAGGCUCUUUUAGCCCUGCGCUAAACCCCCAACCUGAAGAACCAGUCCACAUCAUUUAAUUAAAGGCAAUGUGGGGCUAUUGCGAUACAUUACGCAGUGUAUCGGGCGAUGCGCGCGCUACUUUCCCUACGCCAGGUCAGUUAAAAUUGAUCGAGAAAGUAAAAUAAAAGUAUUUUUAGAUUCUAAGUGGAGCGAAGAAUUUUAUGGUUUUACAAGAAUAUUUAUUUAUUUAUUUUUUCUAUGGACAAUUUUUCUACAAAAGAUUUUGCUCUGAUUUCUACGUGUGCCACCUUUUCUGAAAGGUAAUCGAUGUUGAGAGGUAUUUUAAGGAGGUCAUUUUUCGAUUUUUCUAGAUUUUUCUCAUCAAAAGUGGAAAACAUAAAAAAACGGAGGAAAAAUGGGAAAAUGUAAGAAAUAUAGGUAUUAGUUAAAAAUAUUACGGCCUUCUUUAUUCCGGUGGACAAAUUUUCUACCAAUAAUUUUGCUCCAAUUUAUAAUGAUAGCAAUGUUUCUAAAAGGAAAUUUAACUGGAGAGUUACUUUAAAGAGGUAAUUUUUUGAUUUUCCCAUUUUUAACAUUUACAGUUAUACUUUAUUGUACAGUAUUUUAUAUUUUUCCAUAAGUUCAAAUAUCUAUUCUGAAUAAAUUAAUAAACUAUUCAACGAAUCAUCAAUUACUAAUUUUCGGACAAUUAGUGAGAUUUUUCCCGCUCCUCAAAUAUACCAAAAUAUGAAAAAUAUUUAACCCCAGAACUUUUAAAAAUGACACUACUUUUAUCUCUGUUUAUCAUCCCCCUGGUCAUAAUGCCCCGCGCAAGUGUACCUCUCAUACCCCUCUUCAGAGUUUACCCUAAACAAUUUUUAGAACUACCCAACAUAUUCUUUUUCAUUCAUGUUAAACAAAUUUAUCAACCUCUAAAUUAAUUAAUAUUUUCAUAUCAUACUUUACUUUAUUUACUUAUUAACACAAAAUCAUAAAUUCAAAUUAUUUUUUAUUUUAAUUUAAAGUGUUUUUUGCCGCUAUCUUCUAUCUCGAUAAUUUUAUUUUUACUUAAUGUUUUGAAGAAAACCCCAUGAAAAUAAUGCUGUUAUUUUUUAUGUUCUUUUAAAACCUCGAUAUUUCUUUUUACACAAUCAGCAAUGAACUGUGUCUCUAUGGAUCCCAACUGUUUAUUGGUAGCACACAAUAAUAUAGCUAUAAAUACAGAUAUUUUCCUGUCUUAACAUUCAUCGUUGAGCGUAACGAUGAUUUUAAUAAGUUAAAGGCACUAAUCAAACGUUAAACGUCAGCACUGUGAAGUUUAGCAGCUGUCACUCUCACCAACAUCAUACAAACGCUUAGAAAGUUUUGAAGUAUAUAAGUAGCGGGGCGUCGAGAGAAACUCUGAGACGGCGUCUCCCUAAUAAUUAUAACAUGGCAAAAUAUUUUCAAUUAUUUGUGUAAUCUAUGUGUAAAUCUACUUUUCUCAUCUAUAUUUACUAUAUUGUAUGUAUGUAUAAAUAUUCUCUUUAUCAUGGUGUGUGGAUAAGUGUGAGUUAACGCAUAUUGUACGUUCAGAACUAGCGUUGACGACGGACGAUGAGUACGUAAAACGAAUGAGACGGCUGAUCGACAGUCUCUAUUCUAAUAGAUGGGAGGUAAAUAAAAGUCUUGGGAGGGGGGAAUCAUAGCGAUAAUGGUAUUUGUAUGGAGCCUGUAAUACCAGUGGACUAGUCACUGCCACCGGAUGGCACGUUAUUCCGCAUUCGUUGCGUACAUUUGUGUAGUGCGUCGUAAACUUGCCGCGUUUUUUAUUAAAAAUUAAAAAUAUAAAAUCAAAACAUUGUAUUUUAGAUGAAUUGACAAAGAUUUUCAUUCAUUUACGUAUGAUGAAAGAUGUAAAUUAAAAAACUAAGUUAAUCUAAGUGAAUAGUUAAUCGGAUACGCCAUUGAAUAAAUACUAAUAUUUCAAGUAAAAAUGUAUAAUAUAAAUCAUCAAUAGUUAGACAAAAGUUAAAUAUCCCCGUAAAUUUUAUUCACGCACCGCUACUGAAGUAUAUAAUAGUGCACAUAUUAGGUAUGCACAAAAUACAAUUUCCAGUUAUCUCUGUAAUAAUUUAUCUCCAGUAGAGACGUAUUUAAAAUUUUAAUACUCUAUGGUAGUAUGGUACUGUUUUUGUAACGCUCUUUCAUAAGAACACAUUACCACGAACUGGCUAUUCGAACUGCACAUUUUAAAUUUCGUUCUGUAUACUUACUACUAGCUCUAACAUACAUUAAUUCAGACUUUGCUGAGCAAGUUAACUGUGGGAUGGGAUUGAUAUUAAAAACAAAACUACUAUUUUAUCAUGUCUAAAGAAUAUGAUGACCCUUUUAAAUGUGGAGCUGAGGUCAGCUUACCCUACAUGCGUCCCUAAUCUCCAGCAGUUAUUUACCCAAUGAGUUAUAACAUUUCAAUUUAUAUUUAGUACGUAAUUGUUGUAGGUACAUAAUGCCAUAUCCAUUCCAAGACAAAUCAGUUUUAUCCGACACGUUAUAACUUAUAAACAGUAAACCUAAUAUUAGUGUGAUUCAUGUCAACAUUUCUAGAAAAAUAUUCUUUAUUCAAAUCUGUGUUCAAAAGAGGGGCUCCUAUUUAAAAUCAAAAGUAUGCAUUUAUUUAAGGUAUAUGGAGUAGAGAUAACAAUUAAAAAUGGUUUUAAAAUAAAGCUUAAACUAUUCCAUAAUGAUUAGAAAAAACAGAAAUCAAAUUCACUUAAAAUCUUCUGAGAUAAUUUCUGGUUCAUGAUAAAAAAAUUACCCUGUAAAAGUAUCAUUAUCAACUAAACUCCACUCAGAAUCGUUUUUUCAUUAGCGGUGGUUUAUUGUUCUUUACAUAUAUACAUUCAAUUAUGUUCUGUAUCCUACUUUCAAUUUCCCACCUACAACAGUAACUGCACCCACGUGCAAAGUAUGUCGGUAUUAUUUUUACUACCUGUAUUACAAAACUUAAUUUAAUUACAAUAAAAGUUAAAUAAUUUUAUAUUGUUUACCUUAUUGUUACUCAUUAUAACGUAAACAUUGGACUCGUUUGGUCUUCUAAAAUUACAUAACACUAUUAUAGUUACUAAAUAUUGUUUACAAUAUAAAUUUAUAAAUGAUUUUUAAGCGAUUCUUUCAAUGUAUAAUUAACGCGAUUAAUAUAUUCUAUGAGAAAAACCACUAAUAUCGGACCUGUUAAUUAACUAUUGCAUUAAAUUUAAUAUUUCCAAUCAGUAUAAUUAAUAGUCGGUUAACACAAAAACAACAUGAUGAUAACAAAUAUAACUUUAUAAAAAAAAAAAAAAACAAUUUUGAUCUUUUCAUAUUCUGUAGAUUUGUUUUUCUUAUCGCGAAUCCAUUUAUUUCGACCUUUUAUCGAGAGCUAGUGAAAAGAAUAUCUAUUUAAUUUUUUUUUUCUAAUAUAUACAUGUAUUAUAGACAUUCACUAUGUGCGAAGAGUAUAAAAUAAAUUACAAUUUUAAAUAGUAAUUACGAAUAAUUGUUAUCAUAAAAAGGUACAAUUUAUACUUACACAUAGGACACAUAGAAUUUAGAUCCUCAAGUGUAACAAUUUAUAGUUCCGGUAUAACAUGAUAACUUACCCCCUGGAUAAUGAUGCCCCCGGUGAGAUUUUCCUAGAACAAUCUUCCUCCCCCCGCCGUAGGAAUAUCCUGACAAUAAUACAUUUAAAAUUGAUAGAUUUACAAACAUAAUUAACAUAAUAUCAUAUCAUAUCGAACCUCAACACUUUUAUAACUUAUUUCGCACCAUGGGUAGGACAUAGUUGUAAGUGAGUAUUUGAGAAAUAAAAAAAUUAAGGCACUUCCUGAUAAAAUAAUAAGGAGCUAAAAAUCGCAAGAUGGGUUAAAUCGAAUUCCAGUACAUUUACAACCUAUUCGUUUAUAAUAAAUCCGAUAAUCGUUCAGAUUUUUAGUAUUUUAUUAAGUUUAUUUUAUAUUAUAAUUUAAAAUGUAUGAAGUCGUUUUUGUUCAUUUUCCAAGUGGUUUUUAUAAUAGCCAGGAAUACCCGUAAAAGAACAGGAAAAUUUACGAAAAUAAUUCUUUUAGUGUUUUAAAUUAAGUUUUUUUGUUAUAAUUUACAUGAAAAUAUUCGUAGACACUUGAGAUUUAGACAUAAACAUUAUCAUUAAACCAUUUAUCGUUAUAAUUUGUAAAAUAUAAAAUUUUUGAAGAUAACCUCGUUGGCAUUUUUGAGAAUAUUAACUAUUCAAAAACUAUAUGAUUUUUUUGUACCUUCUAUUAUAAAUAAAACAUUGUAAAGAAUAUUAUUGUAAAACUCCGAUGAGGUUAUUGUCCAUGAAAUAUAUAGUUGUUAUCUACAGAUAAUUUUUUUUAUAACGUGUUGUAUCACUAAAAUUUUAGGGGUAUUUUCGUUUUUUUUAUGUAAACAUAUUUUCGUUAUAUUUCUCAGGCAGAUAAAGAGAUCAGAUUGAAGACUUUUUAAACCCGGGCGUCCAUAAUAUAAUUUUCAGGGAAGAGCUAACUAAAGCCUGUUUACAAACAAGCAUUUAAAGAGUAAUAUGAAUGGAUAUGAAAACACAAGACCCGUAAAAAAACUGAAUUAUGCGACAAAAAAUUAAAUUAAAAAUAACAAAAGUAUUUAGUACUUGUUUGUCAUUGUUCCGCCAGUACACCGUAUAAAAUUUAUCGCCGCCACUCUUAUUUGUUAUCGCCCCACCGCUGUAUAGUUGUUUAGUGUGCCGGCAUUGUCUCUAAAGUUAUAGUGUUUAGCUCGUGGUAGAUCUAUUUUAAGAAAUUUUUUAGGAAAUAACUAUAUUUUGUAUCAUAAGUGAGUUAAUUAUUAUAUCAUUAAUACAUUUCUGGCUUUCGUUAUUAUGUUACUUUGUUCAAACCAAUACGAAAAAUUAAAUUUAAUACGAUAAAAUAAAUUUCAUUGAAUUACUUACAGUUAUUUUCAACGAUGAUACUGGAAUUACGUUUUUACAAAAAAACAAUGUAAUUAAAGUUAAUGAAAUGUGUGAAAAUGGCCAUAUAAUGUUUAUUAAGGGAUCGCAAUGACGGUGUUAGAAAAGAAGUCGCCGGAAGGAAAAGGGUUUAAGAAUUAAUAAUUGGCUAACUGGUUCUAGACUACUAAUACACACAAUUGUCCAUUUCAUUAAAUAUAUGAAAUAUUUUCAGUAACAUUUUGUCAACGUGAAUUUAAAAUGGGCAAAAUGCUGUGGUCGAUUGGAGUAAUUAUCUACGUGAGGUAUGUGUAUGGAAGUUAGAAAAUAAUCAAAAUAAAGAAAUUGGUGGUCCCGGUCUUUUUUUCGAAAUAGAUGAUAGUUUAUUUGUGCGUAGAAAAAAUAAUGCUGGACGUGUUCUGCCACAGCAAUAGAUUUUCAGAUAAAUAUGUCGGAAAACCAAAACGUGUUUUAUAACUAGUGUAUCAGAUUGAUCGGAGAAAAUAUUGUUACUAAAAUACAAAAAUAUAUAAGACCAAGCUCAAUAAUUUUGUCAGAUUGUUGGAAAGCCUACAAUAAUUUGUAGCAAGCGGGUUUCCAAAUUCAAAAUUAUAGGUGUGGUUGUUAACUACACCUAUAAUUUUGUUUAUCCGGACAUAGGGGCACACACCCAAAACAUUGAGAGGUUAUGGGGAUCUGCUAAAUGAGGAAAUAAAAAGCGUCGUGGAACAAAUGAACAUUUUCUGGAAUCGUAUUUGGCAGAAUUUAUGUGGAAAACACGUUUUGGGGAUCAAGAUGUAUUUGAAACUGUCUUAAAAGAUAUUUCAGAGUUCUGGCCUUCUUAGCAGUAAUUUUUUUUUAAAAUUUAUAAUUAUAAUACAUUUUUUAAAUUCAAGUUGUAUGUAUAAAAUAAUAUUAAAUAUUGAAAUAUUUGUUUUUUUAAUGUAUAAGUACAAUAUAGAUUUUCUAUUUUUAUUGUUUAUUUUAUUAUAUAUAUUUUAUUUAUGGCGGGUACCCAUUAUUUACGUAAUUGGUCCAGUUCUUUUUAUGUUUUUUUUUUCGAUUUUGUUUAAUUAUUAAAACAACUGCUGAGAAAAUAAAAAAAAAAGACUAAUACCACUAAUUACCCAACUACUUCUAAAAUUAAAUAAAAAAGGUCUCUUGUCAUUUUCCUAGCGGAGCAAUCUUUUGGUAGAAAACAUAGUUUGCAAAAAUUAAAAACAAUGAAGUCGGUAACGCCGAAGCACGCCGUAAAUUAUUUACUUUUUUAUCUAUAAUUUUCUUUCCGUUUUUUUUUAUUAUAGAAAAUAUAAUAUAACAAUAAUAUUUGUUUACAGCAAAUAGGUACCUAUUGUAUGUUAUUUGUAUUGUUAAUUUAUUAUGACGAGUAUAUUAAGUAAACAAUCACGUUGUCGGUCCAUGACAAAACACUGGUUAUACAGAUAUUUAUGUUCGUGUACAUUUGUUUAUUUGUCGACGGAACAACAUAAUAAUAAUUUAUAACAAACGAACAUUUUAUUUUUUUUUUUUAAUUUCUAAAUACAACAGUCAAACUUUUUACAAAAAACGAUUGGUCGCAUAUGGUGUGUGCUAACUGGUGAGGCUCGAAAACUAUAUACUAUUCUUACUGAUGGUGUUUUUAUUUUUUGUUUGUCAUCACUUAGCACCCUUCGCACUUGUAAUAAAAAAAAUAAUGGGUAUCAUGCCUUUGCAAUGCCUUGCAAUAUUAAAAUUAUAUAACCGGGUUCCCUCUCAAAAUAUUCCUUAUUUAAAAUAUCCUUAUUUAAAUAUUAUUUAUUAUUUAUAAUUUUAAUACUUUAAUUCAAGGUGUACUGCUUAGAAGAAAAUAUAUUGGAAUUUUGAAUAUGACAAAUUUCCAAUAGGAAUAUUUUGAGGGUGCACUCAUACACAUUUUUAAUUUUCGAACAUAUUAUUUAUUCUGUUAUGGAAAACGAUUUUAUCGAAGUUAAUACAAAAGCUUUUUUAAAAAUAUAUAUUUUUAUUUUUGUUUUGUUUAAUUAAUAUUUCAAAAAAUGCAUUAUUAUUAUAUAACUUAUACCUGACUAUGAUAAUUCGGAGAUUUUACGAGUAUAUAGUAUGUAUAGAGAUAAGAUUAAUUUAACGAAAUCAAGACUAUAGUAUAGUAUAUAAUAAUAUUAUGUUAACUGUAUAGAUUAGAAACUAAUUAGGGCUUGUUUUAAAAUAGAUAAUAACUAUUAAAAUAAUAUUACUAUUACUUUCAAUAUUCUAUGUUCAAUACACAAUGCGAACGACAUGAGUUAGUACUCAGUAGAGUUCGUAGUUUGAGGAUUUUUUUUCAUUCUAAAAUUCAAUUUAUAGUCCAGUAUAAAAAUCUAUUGGAAAACUUUCAUCGUCAUAAAUGUAUUUUAUUAAAUAUGAUAUUUGUGUAGUUUACUGUUAUUGAUGUUAUAGACUUAACGAAUAAACGCGACACACGGUUCUCAAAGAAAAUCAGGUAAUAAAUGAAAAAAAUGCUUAUCAGUAGUUACUUCAAAAAUUUUAUAUAUAUAUAUAUCUAUACGAAAUAUAAAUUAAAAAUUAUAAUUAUAAUUAUUAACUUUAAAAUAAAUAAUUUGUAUUCGAAAUAAUAAGGCGGAAACGAUUUAUUUACACUGUCGUUUUUGCAUUUUAUAUGCAGUCACUGAACCAAAAAUUUGACAUAAGUAUUAAUUGCAUUGAAAUUAUAUUUACUGUAUUUUUUUUUUUGUACAUGAUGUAUUGAUGUAUAGUCACGCGAUCUAUACGGUCACUGUUCCAAACAAAUUAUUGUGAUACGAAUUAUUAACUUAAUAACGGUAAUUGAUCGGAGUUUAAUGAUAAACUAUUAUUAUUAAUUUUACUUAGGAAUCUAACCAGAUAGGAUAGAUUAGGAUAGGUAUUGUUGUCGUUUAAAAGUUGCAUUUAAUGAGCAAGUACCUAAUUAUUUAAUUACAUAAUCAUUGCCAUACUUCAAGGUCUGGGAUUUUAUGGGAAUAUAGAUAAUAUUUUAAUACCUACCUAUACUUUGUUGUGCGUUAGUAUGACAUAAACAUAUAGUUAAAGCUAAUAAAAAGAUAUUAAAUAUUAAGAAGACUGACAUACUUCGCACGUGGGUGCAGCCACUGUCGUAGGUGGAAAGUUGAGAAGAUGGGAUACAGACGGAAAUUUAAUAAUAAUAAUAAUGAUGAUCUUUAUUACGAAAUUAAUUCUAAUUUACUUAAUUUAAUAUAAAAUGACAGAUACAUUUAAAAAUUUAAGAAAAAAAAACAAUAAAAUACAUAUAUAAAUAUUAAAAAUUAUAUUAUUAUUAUAUAUAAGAAUAUGCAAUAUACAACGUACAACAUUUGAAUAUUGAAAUACAUUAUUAAGAACAUUGAUUGACGAGUGAAAAAAAUUUAUGUUAUCAAUAGUAUUGGUGAUUGAUAUUAACAUGUAAGAUGAAGAUAGAGCCAUAUAAUUAUUUGAAACACUGGGUAAAUAAAAGUGAGAUUUAUAUUAAGUUAAAAUUAUUAAUAAAUUAAAUUAAUUUUAAAAUUUAAGAAGAACUCUAUUAAUUCUGGGCAAUCCACAACGUUAUUUGAUAAUUUGUUUAAAAACUUCAUGUCUAAUAAUUUAUACCUAUCAACCAGAGGCAUAAUAGUGAAAAAAUCAUGUACACUAUCAUAACUAGAGUGAAAAGUUUUCUGUACAUUAUAUUAAAUACAUAAAAAAUCUUAAAAACUUGUUUAGGGUUUUUGAAAGACAAUGAAAUUGAUUAAAUAACUUAUUACUCCAUAUUAAACUCGCGUAAUCAAGUUGAAAACGGACUGAUGAAAAGUAUAAUAGUUUAAGAACUUGAACAUCAUGGAAAUCUUUACACGUACGUUUAAUGAAUCCUAAUAGAGAUAGUGCCUUAUUUAUAAUAUUAUCAAUAUGGGAGUUAAAAGAGUGCUUAGAAUUAAAAGUAACUCUUAGAUAAUUUAUUUCGCUUACUCUGGUGAUUGUACGAUUUAUUUAUUUAUUGUAUAGUCACAAUGGACUAUACAUUUUUUUAAAGUAAAAGAAAUACAUUUAUAUUUCUCUAUAUUUAGAGACAUAUCAUUGUCUUUACACCAUUCAUUAAAACAGUUUAAAUUAUUUUAAAGAAGUAAAGUAUUAUUAUAAUAACAAAAUUGUUUAAUUAGCUUCAAAUCAUCUACUAGCAAUAAAAAUGUAGAGUGUUUUAUUUUACAGAAUACAUUAUUUAUAAAAAUCAUAAACAAUAACGGCGAUAAAUGGUCACUCUACGGAACGCCAGAUGUAGCAUAAAUAUUGUUUGAAAUAAAAUUUUCGCGCUUGACAUUUUGAGUUCUAUGAGUUAGAAUUGAACAAACCAUGAGAGAAGCGGGUCGUAGAAGCCAUACGAGUUGAGUUUUAAAAUUCAUAGAUUGUGGUCUACUUUAUCGAAUGCUUUUCGAGGUCCGUAUAAAUGACAACUGUUUGAGUUUUUUUAGUGUACGAUUUAAUAAUAAAUUGUUUAAAAACACAUAAAUUGGUAAUUGUCGAAAACUCCUGUCCUGUAUGAAAACUAUGUUGCUCAUUUAUUAAUAUAUUUUUAAAUGUAGGCAUUAACUUCUUAUUUACAAGUUUUGAAAAUAAUUUAGGAAUAUAUAAAAUUUUAGAUAUUGAACUGUAAUUUUGCACACAGUUUCUAUUUUUAAACUGAUGAGAUAAAGUUUUUAAACAAAGGUUUAUAAUAAAGGUUUUCCAUUUAUCGGGAAAAAAAUCAGGUUAGCAAAGAUUUAUUAAAUAAAAAGUGAAAUACCGGGGCUAAUAUGAAAGCACACUCUUUUAAAAAAAUAGGAGAAUUAUUAUUAGUACCCAGGAGACGUUCUCAAAUUUAUAGACCAAAUCUCAUUAAAAAUAUCACCUAAGUCUAAUCUAACUACAUUAAUAAAGUCCAAAUAACUUGUCAGAAAAUUGUAAUUAGUUAAUGUAUAUUUGUAAGUAACGAUAAAACAUUGCUAACAAAAAAAACGAUUUUGAGCAGAGUUCAGUUGAUAGUGUUGUUUUAUCAACAAUAUAUAUGUCAUAUUAUGAUAAAAUAAUUAUGUAUGAAUUAAACAUUUUCUUUAAUAGUAUUUGUUUAAUAUUGUACUAUUUUCUCGUUCUUCCGUUUUUCCUACGUUUUUUCCCGGUUUUUCGAAAAUAUUAAGAAAACUCUUGAGAAAAUCAAAAAAUGACUUCCUUAAUGUACCACCCCUGACAGGUUUUCUUUUAGAAAAAGUAUUAUACUUGUAAAUAGGAGUAAAAUUUCUGGUAGAAAAGUUUUUUACAGAUUAAAAAAAUAAUAAUAAUAAACGUCAUUGUGUAACAUUGUAUGUCAUUGUCAAAGCUCCUUCACUACACUCAGAAUUUAAAGUGUGUAUUUAGUAUAAUCAUAUCAAAUUAUCUUUAGGUAAAGUGUUAAUUGGGUCUUUUGAAUACAAUUUAAUUAUCUGUUUGAAAAUGUAAAAUACAUAAUAUCAUUUAAAGGGAAUCGCGUUGUCAGUAUAUUUUUCUACUCAAUCCCCCUUCCCCUCCUACGAGAAAACCUCUCAUAUCACGUCAGAAUUAGAACGGUCCGUUUUCUACAGUUAUAUUUUUAUUGGAGGAAGGCUUCCUACUAUAUAUAGCCCACAUUUAACUCCGUUUAUCAAUACGAAAUUCUUAAAUUUUAUAACACGAUACGUGUUUAACAAUUAAUGUUAAUUUGAAUAAGCUUCUUUUCAUACAUUUUUUUUAUUAUUAUUUUAAAUCAAAUAAAAUAUCACCGGAUUUUGACACGAGUUAUAGAACGCUUUUGUCAGUUAAAGAAAAAAACGGCGGUACACAAUAUUAUUAUUAUUAUUGAUAACACGUUACCCAUAUAGGUCUACGUGUGAAGUAAUAUUCGUCCGUAGAAAACGGCCGUACCCCUUCCUUAUAAUUGAGAUUGGACAGUAAACUAGUGGAAACGUCUUAUCAUUUAUUUGGUCUUUGAAUGUAAAUAUUUAUAUGUAAAAUUUUACGAAAAUUUGGAAAAUUGGUAGCAAGGUCCUUAGCAUGGCCUUGAUUCAAAAUUAAAACCGAAAGGAUGUCUUGACAUCGUUUGCGAUAGUAAUAUUAAAUAUAAUACUACAAUAUCAAAUAUUCGUAAGUGUGAUUUGCAAGUAAUGGUACAACAAAGGGUGGUUUUAGGGGUUAUAACUCUUCCCAUUCUCGAAAUUUGAGAUUGUUUUUGCGAAUUCUACAUAAUAUUAUAUAUUUUGAUAUUUUUUAUUGCAAUUACAGACCUACAAGAAAAAAUCGUAUUAUGAUGCAAAUAAUAAUACCUACAUAACAUUAUUGAUACAAGACUCAAAUCUGAGUUAUAAACGUAAGGUACUUAUAUAUAAUAAUAAUAAUAUAAACGUACCUACUUAAUAUGAAUAUUUUCUUAUCGUCUUUUUUUUACUAUUUAACGAGCUGACAGGAAACCACGGGCAACGUCAAAUAUGCGUACAAUGAUAAUAUAGGUAUAAAUAGAACAACGUAGUGGAUGAUGUACACACAUGAUUUAUAUUCUUUUAUUUUUUAUAUUCGUUAAACGAUCGAAUGUACGCGAUCUCGACGUAGGUAUAUACAUCAUUCGUUUUACACGUAUACCUAUUAGCUAUUCCCCUAGGAGAGAGACAUACUAUAUUACCUAUUAUCUUUUGUUCAAUUUAUAAAACCCGACAACGACGACGACAACUCGUAAUUGCUGUUUAUAAAGACUCCCGUUCGUAUAUAUAAGUCGUAGACAGAUAAGUACUAGGUAGGCAUAGAUGAUUUUUUUUUUUUACAACAUUUUAAUCGUGGUAGUGUUUAAUCAACUUUUACCGAUAUGAUAUCGUAUAAUCUAUGCGUUUAUAUUAAACCACGUGGAGUUUUUGCAUGACUUGUCUGCGAAAAUGGGAACAAAUUAUUAAUAAUAAAUCAUAAUUCCAUAGUCUUUCUCAUCGAGUUGUUAAAUAACAACAAAGUGAUAUUUCGAGUAUUCUGUAUAGAAAUUUAUGUAACUAUAUAUUAUGAUGAGCAUAUAGUGAUAUCUGCAUGCUAAUAGUUAGUUCAAGGACAAUAUAAUAUAACUUCUUAUUAACAUAAUAACAAUAAUAUAAUCAUAAUAUUCAGUAAUUUACUUAGGUUUUUUAACCAGUAAAAUAUAUUAUAACACGAGCAUUAAUAUUAUUUUACUCAACGCAAUCAACGACGAGAGCGAAAAGUACGAAAAGCAAAACGUCACGUUUGUUUUAAAUGAAAAAAUAUAUAGUUCACGCAUACGUAUUUGUUAUUAAACGUGAAAAAAUAAAUUCACAAGAACAAAAAACGAGAUUUGCAGUUUAAACAUCUAUAUAAUGACGUGCCCAUUUCCAAUGGAAGAGGCAUGGGUGCCCACGGGAAAUUUAUCAGGGAGGACAGUUUAUUAGUUAAGUUUUGAAUGACUUUUUUUUUUUUUAUGUAUAACCCUAAAUAAGAACAUGGCUAGGCCCUUUAAUGACCAGACCGACAGCAGAAGCAUAAUAAAAUCAAACGCUAUAAAAAAAAAUGAUAACAAAAUUAUAUAAAUUAUCUAAUUAUUAAAGUUAUGUUUAAAAUUGUGAAGUCCAGGGGGGGUAAAUGCCCCGUCUUGUACCCCCUUUAGGGCAUUCAUAGGAAGAGGAUAUAGUUAAUAACAAACACAAUGAAUUAUGAAUAAAUCGUAGAUCUUUUUCUGUAAUACUUAAUCCAAGUUAGAAAUUUUAAAAGUCGGAUCCAAAAAAGCCAAAUUUUAUUCAAAAAAUCAAGUUUAUUUUACUAAUUGUCGUACCAAAAAAUAAAGUGUAGAUGACAGGUACUUAAAUAAUUAUUUUGGCUGCAAAUAUUAAAACAUUUGUAAAAUUAUAUUAAUUUUUUUUUCGUUAAAUAGUUGUUUCAAUAAAAUUAUAUUAAGACCGUCAUUAUUAUAGUCUGUAUUAAGUAGGUAUUAGGUGUAAACGAUUUUUCGAUAGAAUUAUUUUAUCAAAAUAUCAGUCCAUAAUACUUUUUAUGUAUAUAAUAAUACUAGCUGUCCCGCAACCGGUAUUGCCUGUGUAAAUUUUUUAUUACUUUUACCUUUAUUUCCGUUUUGCUUUGCCUAUAUCAGUAUGCUGAACGAAAACAAAUACUUGGGAAAUGCAGAAUAGUCUAGUGGACCAAAAGUGUUCUAGUGUGUCAUACAUUUUUUCAUUCAUAUUACCAGAGAUACCGUACAGCACAAAGAUUAAACUAUAUUUAUUAUAUCCACUACCUACAAUAAUGCUAAAAUUAUGGGGACAUAAUAGUACUUUAGUGUUGUUACUGUAACAAAGAAUACAAAGAUUGAAACAUGAUGUUUUACGUGGUUUCACUUUUAACUCAUUCACCCAGUAUAGUGCGUAGUUUUUUUUUCAUUUAUGUUACCAAGGUUGUCAAUGUGUUAUCAAGCUAAUAAUAGACAGGUAGAAAGUUAGAUAGACUCUUUAUUUUAAGUUAUUAUAGUUACUAUGGAAUUUAUAUACAUAUUGUAUGUAUAUUUUUGAAUAUAUUGUAAUUCAUAAUUGAACAAAAAUAAUUUAGUUUUUGUACCUAAAAUAAAUAAAAACAUUUCAUUCCCUUUUAGUUUUAUUUUUGAGAAAAAAUUAGCCUAUGUUCUUCUUCAAAGUCUCAUCCUAUCUCUAUACAUAUAUUCAUCAAAAUUGAUUCAGUGGUUUAGGCAUACAAACGCAAUAGACAAACUUACUUUCACAUGUAUAAUAUUAGUAUAUAAUGUACACUAUGUGUACCAUACAUAGACCGGACAAAUUUAAAGUUGCUUGGGAUGACUCAAAAAUAAUUUAAUUUUAUAAAUAUUUAUCAAUAAAUAUUUUUAGACCAGAUUGAACAACUUUAGAUGGUAAGAGGUAAACAUUAAUGAACUUAAGUUUGUUUGACUCCCUCCCUAUUAUAUACUAUACAUAUAUAUUUUAUGUAUGUAUUUUGAAUAGACAGAGACCAAUAUAUUUUUUUUUUUUGGACAAUAAUGUUUGGUAUAACUGAUAUAGAAGAAUACUUAAAUUUCAAUAUUUAUGAAAAACUGUUUGACCAGUAAAACACUGAAAUAUAAUAUGUGUAUUUUAUUAACAGUGGCGAUUAAUUAAUCCGUAAAAUAAUAUGCAAUAUAUGAUGUCUGUUUUUUUACGACAAACACCUAAGAUGUUAUAUUUUAUUAUUGUAAAAUUUUCUAUGCAAAUUAUUAAAUACGUUCAAUAAUUAUUGUAAAUACUAAAUAUUUAUAAAACAAUUUAAGUGAUAUGAAUCGUAUAUUAACAAUUUUGUGUUUCUAUUUUAUGCAACAUACGUACCUUAAUAAUAUUAAUUAUAUUAAAAUUUAGAGAGAAACUAGUUUUAUUUAAAACGAGCUGCUCAUCAAGCGUGUCAAAAUAAUAUAGGUAUUCAGUAUUAUAAAAUGUUGAAAUAUAAUAUAUAAACAUUCCGAUAAAAUUAUUAUUAUUAUAUUUGUAAUGUGAUAUUUAAGUUUCUGAGCGUGGCAAUUUUAUUAUGAUGUGUACUAUUUAAUAAAAAUUAUUUACCGGAAAUCUAGCUAUAAUCAAAAAAUGACAAAAGACCUCUUUUGAUAAAUUUUGGAUCUUGUUGGUGCAUUGAAGAAGUUAUUUUCUAUACUUUCAAUUUUAUGUUUUGUUGUUUUCGGGUUAUCAAUAAUCGUAGAGACCUAACAUCUUGACAGAAUUUUUAUAUUAACCUUUUUUUAUACGCCGUAAAAGCGGUUGAGCGAUUUAUAAGCAUUUGAAAUUUUUUAGUUUUAUUUAGUUUUAUAUGGAUACAAUUGUUUUAGCUAAGCAGGAAUAUUAGAGCAUUUUAAUUGAGAUUCAUAAUAAGUUAUACUUACUGGUAAAAAAAAAUUCGAGCGUAAUGUAGUGUUUUUUUUAUCCGUGUUUAAAAUUCAAAUGUAUACGAUAAUCCUAAAAAUUACGGCCUUUUAAAACAUGCAUAAUUGAUCUUCGCUCAGAAUCGUUUUUUGAUAGCAAUGGUUUAUCUGUACGUAAACAGAUAUAAAUUUAAUACAUGUAUGUAUCUUACCUUCCCAACUUUUUAUAUUUUAAAUGGUAAUCUACAAUAGUUAUUCGUGGCACGUUCACCAUUUUUUUUACCUGCCUACCUAUUCAAAGAUUAUUAUUUAAGAUAUCCAUUUAGCUCAUAAUAAUACAAGUAUAAUAGUCAUAAAUAUAACGAACUACAUUACUUAUGUCCUUGACAUAAUAUAAUUAUAUUUUAUUUGAGCAAAAGUUCUUAACCUUACCAGUAUGCUAAUUAAACUUUUUGUUCAAUAUUCAUGAACACAGGAACCUAUUAUUAAAAUGUUUAGAUGAACAUUCUGGGUUAUCGUUUUGAAAAAAAAAAAAAGUAUUUCGUUGUAAAAACCCUAUUUACUAUGAUAUAAUCGCAUACUUCUAAUUACAUAUUGUGUAAUCUAAUUUAACAUUAUUCUUAUUGUUUCGUAGGUGUACAAAUUAUGUCUAUCAUUUCCGAGUAAAUAACACACAAAUAAAACAUGGAAAAAACGAUGAACCAUUCAAAUCCAUCUACAAAUAAAGACAAGGCGCUACGAAACGAUACUACCGAUGAGGAAGAAGUGGACGAGGAGCACAACAAAUGGCAAAAAUUAAAUUUCGUGUCCAGGGCGAGAUACAUCUUCAACAACAUUUCAGUAGAACCGUUGCUCGGGUUCUAUAUCGUUUCGAGCGUACUGGGUAGCCUGACCACGCAAAACCUAAAUUUGCAAAAAGCGUGCCGAGUGAAUUUGAACAUGAGCGACGCGGUGUGCACGGCAUUGGAGAAACGUAUGAAAUCGAAUUUCACGUCCGACGACGAGGCCCGGGUUCAAGAACUGGUCACCGACAUGACGAUGUGGCAGUCGAUAAUCCAGCACACCGUGCCGUGUAUAUUCGUCGUUUUUAUCGGAUCGUGGAGCGAUCGGACACGCCGGAGGAAGCCCGUGUUGCUGUUGCCCAUUUGCGGUGAACUCGUUCGGGUCCUGGGCCUGUUGGUGUGCGUGUACUAUUUUUACGAGCUACCGAUGGAAGUCGCCGGCCUUGUCGAAUCGUUGCCAUCAUCGCUGACAGGUGGUUGGAUGAUCAUGUUUAUGGCGGUGUUUACGUAUAUUUCGGAUGUGACAACAGUAAGCUCAUGUAUUUUAGACUCGAGCUUUGCGAAGAAGCUAAAAUAUUAUCAUAAACAUUUGACAUUGUAAACAAUGGUACGAUUUUUUAACGCACUAUUAAAAGAAACUGAAUUCCCGUCUUUAUUUGAAAGAUUUUUGGAAAUUUCUUUUAACAAUAAUGGUGAAAAAUUAAAAAAAAAACCCCGUAUUUUCGGUCUGUAUGAUCUUCACAGGAAGGGCUCAUGCCAAUUUUACAUGGUUUUCAAUGCAAGCAAAUUCAGUUUUGAAAGUCGCUAAAUGGCAUAAUGACAUAUUUCUUAAAUGGUCUUAAACUACUAAACAGCCUAACCUAAACGCAGAUGUUCUAAAUGACUUAUGUCUUUGUAUCCAAAUAAAAACUACAUCGUAGUUAUUUAUGAUGUUUUAAUUUUCUGUAUAAACAUAUUAAAAUAUAUAUAUUGUAUACCUUUCUGAUUUAGUUCAAAAACUACAUAAGGCCUAAUUAUAAAGAAAAGAAAAAGACAAAAUUUGACUUAAGUAUUUCUUUUGGGGGAAUCAAAGAUUUAUGAGCUAGUGGUCCCACCACCUACAGUUAACCGAUCUUCCUCAGACUCGAUUUUCCAUCGCAAUGAUUUAUCGUUGCUCUCAUUUAAGACUUAUAAUCCAUACAGUUAGCUUUCAAUGUAAUCAACGCUACAAUUUUUGAAAUCACCCACGUUCCUGCGUAUUACACGAUUAUAAAAUUAACUAUAUUUGUAUUUCAGGUGAAAAUGAGAACUCUUCGAAUAGGAAUAUUGAAUCUAUCGUUGACCAUAGGCAUUUCAUUCGGCGUCGCCUUGUCCGGUAUAAUGUAUCAAAAACUUGGUUUUUACGGCAUAUACUCUGUAUGCGCGACAAUGUACACAACCGGUUUGAUUUACGGAAUUAUUUACCUCAAAGAUAAACGGACGAAUAAGCCAGACAACGAAGCGCCUGCUGUUUGUCAAGACAGUAAAAUACUGGCUGUUAAAAAAACGUCGUUUUUCACGAAUGCCAAGGAUUUCUUCGAUUUAAAACACAUAAAAAACGCAUUUGGCGUGACUUUUAAAAAAGGCAAUGACAACCGGAGACUUCGAAUCAUAAUGAUGAUGUUGGUUCUUAUGAUAAUAAUGGGGCCGAUGACAGGUCAGUAUAUAAUAUAAUAUUUAACUAAUUUCUAUAGCAUAUUAUAAGAGAAAAAAAAUAAUAUGUAUAUUUCUAUUUUAGAUUCUGAGUGAAGCGAAGAAGUGUAUGAUUUUACAAAGAUGUUUUUUUUUUUUUUUUUUUUUUUUUAAGGAAAUCUGUAUAGGAAGGUACUUUAAGGAAAUUAUUUUUCGAUUUUCUCAAGAGUUUUCUCAUCAAACAUGAAAAACCAAAAAAAACUGAGGAAAAACGGGAAAAUGUACGAAAUAUAUUUGUAUGAUAUUACGAUUUUUUUUCUGUGGAUAACUUUUCUACCAGAAAUUAUGCUCCAACAUAAAAUGAUAACAAUUUUUCUAAAAGAAAAUUUCACUGAGAAGAUACUUUAGGGAGGUUAUUUCUUGAUUUUUUAAAAAGUUUUCCCAAAAAUCCAGGAAAAAACACGGGAAAAUCAGGAAAAACGGGAAAAUCGAUACAUUAAAUAAAUAUUAUUAAAGAUAAUAUACAAUGCCUACUUAAUUAUUUUACCAUAAUUAUGACACAUUACAUAAUGUUGAAAACUAUCAACUGAACUCCGCUUAGAAUCGUUUUUUCGUUAGCAAUCGUUAAUCGUUGCUUACCGGUAUACAUUAAAUUAUCUAUAACAGUGGCUGCACCCGUCUACAUUAUCCUAGGACAUCUUUUUAUAACUCUUAUUAAUUAUUUUGAUUUUGAUUUUAGGUGAAAUGUCCGUUAUGUAUUUGUCUACCAGGAAACGGUUCAACUGGGAUGAAGUGAAAUACAGCAUGUUUUCAGCGUUUACCAUGGUCACGGGUUUCAUAGGUGAGCCAAAGAAUUUAUAAACUGCAAUAAUAUUUUUUUCUUUUCAAUUUUCUUUUCUUUCCUUAUUUUUCUAUUCUUAAUCUCAGAUGCAACAGUGGUCUUUUGUCUUGUAAGGUGCAUUCUAGCAUAGUUUUCAAUCACGUUCUAUCCACAAAUUUAAAUAUACUAGGUCAUUGCAUAUACGCUCUAAUGUUAUCAAAUCAAAAACAAAAUGUUGGCGUAAGGGUAAAACUGUGUUAUACUGUACUCUGUUAAUUAUUAUGUUUACCAACUCAUAUUUCUAUAUAUUUAGGCGCGUACUCUGCCAUUUUGAAUAUUUAUAUGUAAUUAACCUGAUUAAUGUUUUUAUAAAUGUGAUUAGAUUAGGGUACCAGUGCAAUAACCUGGUAUAAUUUAACCAUGAAUCUAUUUCUACGCCAAGUGUAAUUAUUCGGAAUCAAGUCAAAGGCAAUGGCCUCAAUAUAAUAUUCGGAAUACUAUAUAUUUUUACCAACUCCUUGCUAAUUUCCCAGAUUUUCCAUUUCUCUGUAUUUAUACGUCUCGCCACUUCUAAUCGUUUUUCGAUAUGCCUUAAUAGUUUAAUUUUCCGUCAAUAAGACUAUGCCGUCCUUGAUUAAAUGUACAUUAAAACGAUAGUUCUCAAAUUUUUUUUAUAUGCUAUUCAAGAUAUUUAAGUAAUUUUUAAUGCGUCAUAUUUAAUAGGUAAUAAAUUUUAAAAUUUAACAAUGCACGUAGCUAGAUGCAGAUUAUAAAAUGAAAGAUUAACUUCUUUGUAGACUUUUGCGUUUUUUUCGUAAAUUGAAUUUUUUUUUUUCAAGUAUUUAAAUUAUCCUCAUUUUCAAUUUUUAAAAUGUUUGGGUGACUUAAUCAACAUUAUUCGUCCAAUAAUUGAGAAACGCUACUUAUGCUAGUAGAUCAAAUACCUUAGUUUGAUAAUUGAUCGAUCCUGAUUACUUGUCGAUUUUAACAAACGAAAUUUAUUUCAGGAACAUCAUUUUCCUUGUGGAUUCUUAGCCACAAGUUACAAAUAGAUGACACUUUGAUUGCCGUGAUGGCGUGUUGCAGUAAGGUCAUCGGUAGUUUUGUGUUUGCGUUCGCACCCAACGAAGUUAUAUUCUUUUUGGGUUAGUAAAAUUAUUAUUUACGUUAACUAAAAGGCGAUAGGGAAAUAACAAAACGCAUUUGUAUUUAUCAUUCUUAUUAAUUGUCCAGGUUCAAUUGUGGAAAUUAUUCAUGGAGCCGGUUCUAUUGCGACGCGGUCUAUAUUCACCAAGCUAGUUACUCCGGAUGAACUCGGUAUGAAGUUUGAUAAUACGUGAAUUUGACCAUAUAAUAAUACUUAGUAAAGUGAACUAUACAUACAUAAUAACUAUAUAUAACCAAAAUGAAGUGUUUUUGACAAGCGUUGUACCUAGUGAAACUCAAAUUAUUUUUCAUAACGCCCAUAUUUUACUGAGAUUAUAGUAAACAUUUUUUAUUAAUAAUUUUACUAAUAUAUACAUCUUACUACAGAAAUCUCUACUAUAAUAAAUAGUUCGAAUCUAGUUUCCAAUGGUUUUUAAAAAUAAUUGGGAAAUACUAAAAUCAAAGUUAUAGGUAAACGUCAAAUAUUUACGGCUCAUCACAGUAUUACCGAUUUCAUUAUUAUUCAUCACUAUAUUUUUUACUGCUUUAUUCAAAAAAUACCUAGAGACCUUUUUCGUUAAAUUUUGGAUUUAGUUGCUCAUGAAGUAAGUCGUUUUUUGAUUUUUCAAGUAGUUUUUAUAAUUAUUAUUUAUAAUUAUAAUUAUAUAUAAGUUCUCUCGGAAAAUGUUAGACUUCAAUUUUUGUAGGGGGGUUUCUGUGACGUCCACUAAACGAACCUCUCUAUAUGCCCAUAGCAGUCAAUAAUUUUGUGCCUAUGAUCUCCGUACAAACACACGACGUGCGAGAACGCCGCGGCCGAUAACCAAUGCUACAAUAGUAAACUCCAUCUAUCCGGGGCAGCAAGUGCGUGAAGAGCAUAAAAAUGUAAAAAGUCCCACCAACUGGGAUAUUUGGCCAAUUAAAACUUGAAACUUAAUUAGGUACUCAACCGAACCAUAUGCUCCGGUGGUCCGUCGAUUUCUCGAGUCAUUUCGUUUUUUUUUUUUAUUCCUUCCUCGCUACUUUUCUACUCUCGAACACAUCUACACUACCGUUAGGACUCAGAAUACCUACCGAAGUUGUCCGAAAGGAACCAACCACUUAUUCGAGACCAUGACCGGGAAAGCCGUCAUGGAGUAGACCGUCCAUGUCUCAUAAUGACGGCUAUCAUCGGUCCGCGGUCAUAAUGGUAUGCGAACAACUUUUUUUUUCAUUAUACUUCUGUAAGGAAAUUACCUUGGCCGGCAUCCCCGUUACUGUCCUUUAGUUUUUAAGAAUUGGUUUAAGUUUAUUUCCUGUCACAAUCUGAGUUGUAUCCGCGUUUGAAUCAUUUGUCAGAAAAAAAAAAAAGAAAAAAAACAUAGGUAUACCUAAAUAACAUAUACAUGUAUAUAUUGAUGGCAAUAUACGAAAAACCACAUGUAUCCCCGAAAUAACGUUUUUUUAUUAUUAUUUUUUUCUUUUCUUCUCUUCUUUCUUAUUUUCGACAAAUUCUACGUCUCCGGCUCUGGGGUCCAGACCAGAGUGAGGUAGGUUGUCGACCUUGAGACCCAGUAUAUAGACAUACCACGGAUCGUCACUGGACGCUUAUCCCUGACUACUUACAAAGCGGAAGAGGAAGUGAGACAUCACAGAGUAUACUCUUUAGUUGGGCAGGGUACAGAUUUUUUGUAUUCUUCGUAAUUUUCUACUAUCUGUUUCAUACAAAACACCGGUUCUAUCGUCAAUCUCUCAAGCAUAAAACCAAACUGUUUUUUAAAUAUUUAUGUUUCACUUUUAAUUAUUUUUUUAUACGAUUUAUUAAACAGUAAAUGUUAUGUUAUGUUAUGUUUGUCACGCGUAUAGAAUAUAUGGUAAUUAUUAUUUAUUAUUCAGCGUAAUUAUAACCGAUAAUGUUAUGUACGUUUUCCGUAUUUGGAUUAUUUUAUAUUUCUUUAAAUUGCUGAGUUUUAAAAUCAAAAAUUUGAAAAACGUAUAAUUAUAAAAAUCAAACAUUUGUUAUAGUCUCUUGAAAAUUGACAUAUUAAUAGAAAAAUUCCCAAUUAAAUUAUUUUAUAACAUGAUGUAUCUACAUACAAAUUUUAAAAUAACACAAUCUAUCUUUAUGCAUCUAUGCUCUUGACAAAUUUAAGAAAAUUCGAUAAUAAUAUGUUACAUUCUAUCUGUAUUUUUAUUCUCUGCUUGAAAUCGAUAAAAGUGAAAUACGUGGCGUUUUUUCUUAAACAACGAAUAUUAUUCUAGAUGAUUUUUUUAUUUUUACAGGUCAAGUAAGCGCCGUGGUCGCUGUUUGUGAAGCAUUUGUUCCGAUGGUUUACGUGCCAAUGUACAGCGCGUUUUAUAAAGCGACAAUGAAAACGUUCCCAGGCGCUUACUUCCUUCUCGGCGGUGGUUUGACCAUACCAGCAAUAUUUAUAUUUCUGUAAGUGUAUAAAUUAUUUUCAGUUGAAAAAAUGCUUAUUAAAAUACAAUAUUUACAAAUAUAUAACUUAAUGAAACCGAUAAAUCAUUUCAAGAAAAAAAUAAUAGACCUUUUUACGAAACAUGUACCAAAAUAAUAUUAUACAUAGUAAGAUUUACCUAAAUUAUAUUUUCUAUUCUGUCUGUCAGGGACUGGAACCAGAACUGAAAUAAUAGGUUCUGGAACUGGUUUCUCAAGAUUAUUCGGUAACCAGAAUCUUUAUUGGAAUUCAUUUUUAUUAAUUCAAGAAGCUGGUUACAAAAAUGGAAGCUUUUAAAUAAAAUCAAAUUGUUUUCGAUUUUUUUAAGUUCCAUAAACAUAAAAAAGAAAUGAAGAAUGUUACGUUAUCAUCGGGGCAUUGACACUUAUUUCAAAUCGCACUCCUAAUAAUUACUUAAUAGCCUCAGAUUCUAUGUCUGUUUUGCUUUCCUUUAAUUCUAAUCCUUUUAACUCCUAUCUUCUCCUAUGUGUUAUCGUCUAUUUUAACCGUCUUCGUAUCGGUCACACUGCUACCUCCCCAUGUCUACAAACUAGGUCUAAACGAUUCUCCACUCUGUACCCUUCAUCUCACUGAAAGCACCUGCAAUUUCUCCCGUAUUCUCUUUUCUGCCUUUCCCUUUACUUACCAUAUAUUAAGUUACUCAAUUCCUUACAUUCUUUAAUGUGUCCCUCAAUCUCUUUCCAUUCUCAAUACUAUUUCCAAGAAAGUUAUUUAUAUAAUUAUUUAUUUCAUCUUGGAAACCGGUGUUUACAUUUAGUUUAAAGUAUUUUUUGUAAUUCAAAAUUUUAGUUUUCUGUGUAUCUUAUAGUUUAGUUGAUCUCGCUAUAUAUAUUAUUGUAAAUGUUGAGCUGUCAUAGUUUUACUAAAAGCUAAUAAAAAAAAAAAAUUAAAAUAAAUGAUGUUUGCAAAAUAAAUAAUGUAAUGAAAAUAAUAAAUUAUUAGUGUAAAAUAUAAAUGUGUAUUUAUUGAAAAUUAUGAAGACAUAUUUUUUCGUUUGGUUGGUUCAGACUUAAUAUAAUAAAAAUAAAAACUCUUUAUUGAAAUAGUGUGUAACUAUUACUAACCGAAAUCGAUAUUACUAAGAAUCGGAAUCGAAACUAAAAAUUUUACAUUAGUAUUACACUAAAAUUUGAAUUUUUUAGAACAUAUUCUGAACCUAUAAAAUAAUUAACGUUCUGCCUCUACAUUCUCCAUUACAAAAUUUAGAUCAAAAAUCAAAAAUCAUUACUAAUAUCGAUUUAACAUAAAAGAAAUAAUAUUUUUGACACCGCAGUCUUUCUCGAAUAAUAUAAAACAGCAUUUAUAAUAACGGAUUCAACAACACUAAAUAAUAUUAUCGCUAUUGUCCAUUGUAACCACGAUAAUCUAUUAUAGUAAUUUUAUAAUUAUUGUCGACGUGAGCGGAGAAAACAGUUGUUAUUGUGAGGAUUAUUACUGCAGAGAAUAAAGAACAAUAGUAUUAUUUUUUAAAUUGUAUUUUCAUUAAAUUCGCAUCGGUUACGGGCGUUAAAGUCUAUAUACAGGUAGAACACGAUUGCAAAUCACCACUGAAACCAAUGAAAGUCCACCUGCAUAUUUAUUUUAUUUGUAUACAUAAAAUAUUAAUAAUAGUAUAUUAUGUUAUAUUUUAUUAAAAGAUAGAUUUACAUUAUUUUAUUGUAACCGUUUCGAAUAAGUAUUAUUAUUAAGCAAUAAAACACUACAAACUUCGUGUAAAAAACGGCUAAAUAUAAGAAAUUCUGUAUUAAAGGUUAAGAUUGUAUAAUUAUGGCUAAAGUAAUCAAUUUCAAAACAUUUUAAUUAAUAACCUAACUGCUAAAUAGUUUCAAUAAUUGUUUGUUCUUAUUAAAAGUUGAUAUUACCUAUAAUAUCGUAGCCUAUAUGUUCAUUUUACGGCAUUUCUUUUUAAUCUUAGCACCCUCCUACGCGUUGGAAUUUGUUUUAAAUUUCUUGUAUUACACUAAAAUAAAAUAAAAUUUCGAACAAUUAUGCUUUAGAGCCUAGAUAAUAUAUAUUUUUUGAUAAAAUUAAAUUUUUCAACACAAUUCAACAGCAUAAUUUUCUAUUUUAUCACUAAUUAGCGUUCUUUGUUUUAAGGUGGAUGUAUAAGGGAAACAAAGAACGAGCCCGUCGUCAAGAAGAGAACAAAACUACGAUAAUGCAAAAAAAACCCGAUGAUACGAUUAGUAUUUCCAAAACUUACGGGACAUCAGAAAAAAAUGGUUUCACAAACUUAGCGUUUCAAUCUAGCGAUUGUACGAAAAAUUGAACGGAGAAUAUUUGAGAUAUAUUGUGAAUAAAAUAAUAUUGUUUGUUUAGAGUAAGACAUUACAUUUUGUACAUUUUGUUUGUUUGUUUUAUUUUUUUUUAAUAAUUAUACGACUUUACUAUAGGUAGCAUGUAUCAAUAAUAGAUCUUAAGUUUUAAUAGUUAAAUCUU